AUGGUGCAUGCGCCAGUGGGGCUGGGCAGAGGGCUGGGCCCGCGCUCGGCGUUGUGCUCCAUCAGAGCACGCGUGCACGAGGUCCAGCAUGAGAUCCAGAUGCUGGCCGCGGCUGCAGGGGCAGCCCUGCUGCUGGCGCUGGGCAUCAAGGCUGCGCGGCAGCGCCUGCGCGGCGCGGCGCCCAAUCCGCCCCCUGAGGCGGCAGCGCAAGGCGCCGAGGCUCUGCAGGACCUCAAGCGGCUGCGGUUCCAGCUCACCCUGAACGAGAUGCAGAGGAACACCGCUCCCGGACGGCGCGCCCCACUGGUGGCCGCCUGCUGGCGCCUGCCCAGCCUGGGGUCUGAUGAGGAAAGAAAGAAGCUGCUGGCGGGGGCGAAGGCCCCAGACCUGGAGAAGUGCCCCACCUGGCAGGUCAUCCGCUUCCUCAACCAGGCCGGCGCCAUCCUGCCGCCCCAGCUGCUGCCGCACUACCUGGCGGGCGGGCAGCAGGGCCAGCAGGAGCUGCGGGACGACGCCGCCACCUUCAUGCGCACCUGGCUGCGCAAGCGCGUGCUGCAGUGCAUCAGCUACGUCAACAACCCAGACCGGCGCAUGCGGGCGGUGCUGGGGCUGCAGAUGGUGGCAGGCACCCCGCAGCGGGUGCGGGACACCAUCGCGCGCUGCGACCAGCAGCUGCGGGACGACCUGUUCGGUCCCGGCCUGCAGGCGGAUGUCGGCCAUGCCGAGGACCUGCUGCCGCACGAGAGGCAGAUGGUUGAGUCGGGAGCGCUGGGGCACGCCUUGGAUGAACUCAUGGGCGGGGCGAGCCUGCUGGUGGAGGGGGUGCAGCGCCUCAGGGUGCGGAGCAUCAACCGCCAGCUGGAUGUCAUGGACGGCAGGCGCAUGCGGUCCCUGAACCAGCAGGAGCAGCAGCCCACGCUGGUGGUGCAGGCGGGUGACAGCGGCGGAGGGGACGACACGCAGCAGGGCGCGGUGGCAGCCCAGAACACGAUGCAGGGCCAGCAGCAGCCCUUCAAGCCCCAGGGCCUCCCCAGCAGCCGCAGCGACACCAUGCUGCUGCAGUCGGCGGCAGAGGGCAGCCGCUUGGGCCUGAUGGGCGGCGGCGGAGGCGGCGGCGCCAACAGCCUGGCGCGCGGCGGCGGCGGCGGCGGCGCCGCGGCGGGCGCGACGGCGGCGGCGGCCGGCCCCGGCCAGCAGGCCCCCGCCGGCCUGCAGGGCAGCGCCAGCUGCGUGCCUGUGUACGUGAUGCUGCCCCUAGACACCGUGAACGCGGAGGGCGUGUUCCGCUACGCGUCAUCCAAGUGGUUUUCGGCGGCGCUGCAGCGCCUGGCGGCCACGGGCAUCCGCGGCGUGGCGGUGGAUGUGUGGGAGACAGGCUUCUUCUGCAGCUGGGGGGGCAACUGGGAGACGACCUACGGGCGCUUCUUCCUGGAGUGGUACUCUGGCGCCCUGCUGGACCACGGCGAGCGCAUGCUGACCGCUGCCACCUCGGUCUUCAACACGCGGCGCUCGGCCACCGGCCAGGGCUGGCCCACCGCGCUGCGCAGCGCCCGCAGCCGCUCGCUGCCAGACCUACCGGCCAACGCAGGCAUGCUGGGCAGCGGCGGCGGCCUGCCCCCGCUGCCCGCAGACGCGGCUGCUGCGGCAGCGGCUGCUGCGGCUGCGGUGGCGGCAGCGGGCCAGCCUCCCGCCGGCGACGAGGGCAGCCCCGGCGGCACGCCGGCCGCGCCUGCGCCCGCGGCUGCGGCCGGGGACGAGGAGGGUGUGGUGUACGGCGGCGGCGCCUUUGACGCCGGCCUGGCCGACAGCUACCGCCUGCAGCAGCAGCAGCAGCAGCAGGCGGCGGCCGCCGCGCUGCGCCCCUCGCCAUCCGUGCGGGAGCGCGCGGCGGCGGUGGGUGUGUCUGUGGCGGGCGAGAAUGCGCUGCCCUGCUUCAUGCCCAACAUCAUCGACGAAACCGCGCUGCACAGAAUCGUGUACAACACGCAGCCCUGGGGCACCCCGCUGCAAACGGGGGCGGGCUCCAGCGGCCUCGACCCCGCCGGCCCUGCGGCAGCCGCCCAAGCUGCAGCCGCCGCGGUGUCGCUGGGUGCGGCGCAGGCGGCACAGGCGGCACAGGCUGCGGCUGCCGCCGGCUCUGGGGCGGUGGCAGCCAUGGAUACGGGCAGCGGCGGCAGCAGCCCCGUAGUGCCCAGCCCCGGCAGCAGCACCGACAGCCCCACCGCCAACGGCGGCGGCCGCGACGCGGCGGGCGCGCGGCUGCCCCCCAUGCGCGCCUUCACCUUCCUGCGCCUCACCGACAUGAUGAUGACCGAGGACUACCAGCAGUCGUGGGGGCGCUUCAUGCGCCUCAUGGCCUCCAACGCCCAGCGCUUCCGCUCCUCGGCAGCCUGGCGCCGCGGCAUGGGCUUCGAGUGA